UUGUUUUUAAUAAUUUUUAAAUUUUAAAAAGCAUUUUUUUUAGCAAAGAAAAAUCCACAAAUGCGACUUAUUCUAUCAAAUUUAUUAGCAAUAAUUUUUGUAAAUUUAUUAUUUUAUUUUUUAAAUCUAUGAAUUUAGUGUUUAAAAUUUAAAAUUAGAUAUUUGGCAUUUGGGUUGUUGUGAAAAAAUUGUAUAAACAUUUUAAACUGUUUGAUUUGCAUGGUGGGUGUGAAAGUGAAUAGAAGACUGAAGAAAUAGUAUACUAUAUAUGUGUAAAGUAUAAAAUUCUUGAAACAGAACAUUUGUCAAAAAUAGAUCACAAAUAACAAAUCAUUUUAUGCUGGUACCUGUAACUUGUAUGACACAUACACACACCACGCAUAUGAACUUAGCACAACUCUGUCUACUCGGGUUGAAACUAAUCAUCAUUAGUAGUGAAAAAUAAUAAUAUUGUUAUUGUUAUCAUAAUUAUACUAUAAAUACAGCUUGUUAUGGCUUGUGAAAGAUGAAUGUUUACCUAAAUAACUGAACAAAUUGUGAUGUAACUUAGUAAAAGUAAGUUACUGUCACCAUAAGCACUCUUUAUUCUAUUUGUGUUUUUCCACAUCAUCACCCACUUAUUCGACGUUACCUUGAUUCCUUAAAAACUUCGCAACCGUCCCAUCAAAAUGUCAUCUUUAGAAGCAACUAAUAAGAUUCUUGCAGCUGAUUACAUUUACUUCAAGCUGAGGAAAAGUAGAUUUGAUUGGCCAGUGAGAUGUCCUGUCGAUUUGAAAAAAGAUGGCGGAUGUGCUGAAGCCAAGUUGGCUAUGAGAAAUUUGGGAGAAGAGUUUGAGGAGAGAUACAGAGGUGUAUUCAAUGACAUGUGUCAACAACUGCACAUAACACCAAACAAUGCAUCAGCAACAUUCAGAGCCAUCAUUGGAGAAUUAUUUUCUGAUGGAAUCAGGUGGGGACGGAUUGUUGCCCUGUUCUCAUUUUCAGGUUGCCUGGCAGUUGAAUGCAUGGAGAGGAAGAUGCCUCACCUGGUUGAUGAAGUACUCACCUGGACGACUGCGUACCUCGAUGAACAUCUCUCCAAAUGGAUACAAGAUAAUAAUGGAUGGGAUGGCUUUGUUGAAUUCUCGAAAGGAGGGCAAACGAAGGAGUCACCCUGGCCGUCAUUCAAAACUUUAUGUGGAUAUGCUGUCGGUGCACUGGGAGUUCUCACGCUGGGCGCCAUCUUGUCUCAAAGAUCCUGAGUAGCGGGAAAAGAAAGUUGAUGUU